AUGAAUGUUAAAAAACAACAUGAAAUACAAAGAUUGGCUGCAGUGGUAAAGGAAAAUUUAAAAUUAAAUGAAAAUGGAAAUGAGCAGCAAGAUAAAUAUGUGCUAAUAGACUUUGGUUCUGGUUUAGGCUAUUUAAGUGAGUUGUUGUAUAAACUAAAUAGUAAUAUCAUGGUAUUGGGUUUAGAAGCCGACACCUAUCGCGUAGAAGCGGCAGAGAAACGUGUAAAGACAUACAUGCCUACUGCCAACAACUCUAUACAAUAUCGACAACAAUUUAUAACAGAAAAAUCACAAGAAUUCAUUGUUCAAACUGUAGAGGAAGUUUUCAAAUUGAAUUAUCAGCAAGUGCCACCACAAACAACAACCACUAAGAUGGCAAUAAUUGGUUUACAUGCAUGUGCUGAUUUAACUAUAACAUCCUUAAAACUCUUUCUACAAAUGCCGCAAGUACAGCAUCUAAUCAUUAUGCCAUGUUGUUACCACAAGUUGCAGGUGUGUGAUGAGAAUGCGGUCACCACGACUGCUUUAAGGUUUAGAAAUUUCCCCUUAAGUGAAAGUCUUAAAAAAGUGCUGCUAAACAAUGCUGACAAGUCCAAUUAUGCUGAAACUAAUGAAACUUUUGCAACAUAUUUAAAUCGUCCCUUUCUACGUUUAGCCUGUCAGCAGACUUUAAAACGUUGGAGCAAAUGUUCAUCAUGUGAACAUCUUAAACAUGGUAAUGAAAUGUUUUUAAGAGCUGUAGCAGAAUUGCUAAAAACGGAGGGAGAGCAGGAGGAGGAGCAGGAAUUAAUAGUGGUAAAACGUAAAGAAGAAACUAUUAAUCUGAGUUCUUUGUCGGCUGAGGAUUUGAAAAGUUUUGAAACAUUUAGUCGUUUUUAUGGUUUAAAAAGUAAGAGCACAAAUGAUUUUAUAGCUUGGUCGGAACGACAUCGCUUGAGAUAUUUUGAAACUGUAGAAAAAUAUCCAAAUGGUGGCAAACUGGCAGAAGGUUUGACAUGUCUACAAACAUCUAUGCAGAAACUUUGUGAAAAUCUGGUGCUCUACGAUCGUCUAUGCUAUAUGGAGGAGACAGCAUUAAAAUUUAACUUAAAAAUCAAUGUACGCUAUGAAAAAAUUAUGGAUGAGGAAUUAUCUCCUCGUUGUUAUGUCUUAAUAGCUGAAAAACUAUAA